UUUCAGACCAUUGCAUGGCAGUUUCAAAUAUAGUUGCCUGUUAAUCAUGUUAAUGAUAAAGCAAUGAAGUCUCAAAUAUAUUGCCUGAAAUCAAAACCUCAAUUUGAUGCAAAAUGGCUACCAAUCGACUACAAGUUGUUUGCAAAUCCUGGUGGCUGGACCCACCUAUGGGAAAAGUUACUUAUCGACAAUGAAAUUGAGGAAUCAUUGUCAUGCCGACCAGAAAAGCAUAUCCCUUCAUCAGUUUUAUUAGACUGGUGGACGUGGCAACGGCAGCCAUCACUUGAGAGUUGUAAACAAGUAUUAGAGGCUUUGUCAGCAGAGCAACGUAUCAUAUCACUACAUGCGGCACACUGCACCAUAUCUUCAAUGAGAAUGCAGAAGAGAUUGAUAAUAGCAGAGAGAAUCUUCGAGGCCCUCUCCCGCUGCAAUAUGGAAGGAUCAAGAACAAGGAAGAAAACCAUCUGUAACUCAAAGAGUGAGAGUGAAGUUGCAGAGAUCAGUCAUGCUGUCAACCCAGUGGAUAACUUUGCUAAGCUUGGUGCCAGGGCUGGACUCUCAUUUGCCUUUGCAUUUCUGAAGAAAACUUGGAGAUGUGGCGACGAUACAGAGUUGUGUACUGAUGUGCUACAAGACACCCUGUUCGCUCUGCAGUCUCUCCCUCCAGCCUUACUGUUCGAUAACCACAAGAAGAGCUCUGUAUGGGGAGACAUCGUCAACAAAACCACAAAGUUCCUAGUGAGCGUGGUGACCACCUCCCAAGUAAUGAAGUGUGUAGCACCCUGUGAAGACAGACAACUCAGUGUAGCUAUCCUCCUGGAACUGGCCGUGCAGCAGGCUGACGUGGCUGCAUUCCUGGAUAUCGUAACUGUGUGUCUCAAGCUAAGCAGAGAAGCACUGACGGAAUCUAACAGGAUAACAGCAGAUAAGAUGGUCUUAUCAGCUCCCCUUGUUCCCAGUCUCACUAAACUAGCUCAGAUUGACGGACUCAGCACUUUCUCUGGUCCUCCCGCUGAGUUUAUACAGGAUAAUAAUCUCCCUAACAACUGUGAUGUUCCUGUUAACUUGAAGAUGGGAGCGUUGUUGGUUCUGUGUCAUCUGAACAGAAUAGGAGCUCUACACCUCCCCUCCACUCCUGGACCAUCUCCUCCUGAACAGGAAGUGUUUGGUUGGGGCCAGCUCUCUAAUGAGGAGAGUACUGGUAUGGAACUCUUCCCUAUCCAGUGUGAAACUCUCAUAGAACUUGGAGUGAAGCAAAUAGCGUGUUGUGAGUUUGGAGUAGUAGUACUAACACAGAACGGACAAGUUUACCAACAAACUCACGGAAACAACGGUCCCAGACUCAAGAAGUGCUUCAUACUCCUGGACGCUUUCAUCCAGGAUGAUGUGACUAUCAAGAAGAUUGUGGCUCAUCCGGAGGGUAAGCACUUCCUGGCGAUAACGACACAGGGGGAGCUGUAUAGUUGGGGCUUUGGAGACGGAGGUGUGCUGGGUAACAGAGAUAACAGUUAUUGUAAAACACCCACCAGGGUCAACACCCUCGGUAACAGCAAGGUAGUAGAUAUAGCGUGCGGAAGUCUACACAGCGCGUGCAUCACAGAGGACGGCGCGCUCUACACGUGGGGUAAAGGCAAGUAUGGGAGGUUGGGACAUGGCAACAACGACGAUAAGAUGGUUCCUACCAAAGUUACCAAGGAAGUGGAGCACGUUGAGUUUGUGAGUGUGGCGUGUGGGAGCGGAGACGCGCACACCCUCGCCGUCAGCAGUGACGGUAAAGUGUGGAGUUGGGGAGACGGAGACUAUGGUAAACUUGGCCGAGGCUCGUGUAACAGCUCAGCAGUCCCUCAAGUAGUUGAGAAGAUGAACGGUAAAGAGGCUUGUAAUGUCUACGCUGGUCCUCAGUACUCACUGGCUCUUUCUAAGGACGGUAAAGUGUACUGGUGGGGUAAGAGGAUGGUGCCAGUUCCUGACAAGGAAGAUCACGUGAAGGAGCCAGCUCUUCUAAAUACUGGCACACAUAAGAUAGCGGAGAUAUCUGUGGGGUACAACCACUGUGUUCUGCUCACCACUGAGGGUGUGGUGCUCACAUGGGGCUCUAACGACAAGGGACAGCUCGGUAACGGAACUACCAUCCUACCUAGCACCACACAAGCAGUCCAGGUGUCCUCACUAAUAGGUCACGAGAUCAGGGGUAUAGCGUGUGGUCCCCACCACACCCUGGCCUGGUCCGCCGCGCAGCACGCCUCUAUCGGCACCAGGAUACCCUUCUGUCUGAACGUUUCCAUAGGAACGAUAGAGAAACUAGCGGGGUUGCUAGCUGUGGUUUGUGAUGGGAUUGCGAGUGAGGGGUGGCUGAACCCAACUAAAGAUGAGAUCUGUCUGAUAGUGUCGUGUCUGAACCUGCUAACUCUGCAACUUCACGCUGCAGUGUGUGAGGGAGACUCAACUCUCCUCCUCCCUCCACCUCUCCUCACCACUGUCAAGGAACGUGUGGUGUUCCUUGCUACUGAUCCUAGUGUUAACACUGAUAUCCAGCUCUGUGCACAGAAUACUCUCAAGAGUGGUUGGAUGAUCCUGCUAAAGGAGGUGAACGAGCGAGCUAAGAUGUUACCCAGUAUUUGUGAUGGGUCCGAGACUCCAGGGCAGAAGUUCAUGUUCAGACUCCUUAUUGAGAGUUUAUUGUCUCCAUGGGAACUUCAUAACUCUCUUAUUUCUGCCAUCAACAACGAGCUUCAUUUCGGGAAAACCGACGAAAAAAGCAAGAAACAAGUAUCAGAAGAUGACGAAGAUAAGGAUGCCCUGUGUGGUAACCCUCUUCUUAACCUCAUACAGAUCCUCAUUUCCUCCAGUUCUGCUGACUGUAUCGGACUGCUCCAGGCUGCUGCUACUGGUCAGACAGUACCCUCCCCAGAAGAGGACACAUCAGUUGUAAAGCUCCUCUUCCAUUUCCAAUGGAGACUCAUCAGCUGGUUCCUCUCAAUGCCGCGUCAAGCACGUAACUCCGGACGUGCGCGUCCCAAGGGAGCGUGCGAGGACGAGGAGGAGAAGGGGUUACAGUUCGGGGCAGAGAUGUUGCUUCAGAAGUACACCAACUUGAUCUGCAACGAGAGCAUGAGAGUUCUAACAGUGUUCACGGAGAUCAUGACAGCUAACCCGGCCCUGUUUCCAACUCUAAUCCCCAUCCUACAUGGCUCAGCUAUUGGGGUCCUCCUCCCUGACUUUGUUAACAACCUAGUCUUACUCCAGCUCAAACGAGUUGCGGUCAUCGUCCUUUCUUGCAACAUGACACAGCUCAAGAACCUGCUGGUCACACUCAACAACUUCAACCUCUCCCUGCCAAGCCUGAAUGACGAGAGUGGACUUAACCUCAACUCAGAGCUAAGCAAGAUAAACACAGAGGUUCUGCCAACCCUAUCUCUACAACAAGUAGAACAGAAGGAGAACAGCAACUGGGUUAUCCUGAACCGGAAAGUUUACAAUAUCGGAGAUUUCUACGCGGAAUCCCGAGAGUUUCCUGCUGAUGUCAAGAUUGUUGAAGACUACCUCACAUCAACAAAGAACCGUUCCUCGUAUCCUGACCCCCCACAAGUUUUGCACCCCUAUCUUGUGGGAAUACUAGAGGAGAGUCCCCCGGCUAACACUUCCUGUGAAGUAAACGAGGAACAGCAGAUUGUAGCUCACUGUCUUGAUAUUGAACGGAGUCUAGCCUUGUUGUUGGGACUCUGUGCUAAGGAGAUGAUACACUCAACACCGGUAUCUACGGAGGAACAAAGCGCUCAGAACUGUCUCUCUCAGGAUAUAUUCUCUCAGGGGAUGGAACUACAAGAGGUCCUCACGGAUCCACAGACGGAGUUUUUCCACUCAUACGUGAACGGGGACGAAACGGAAGAAGUUAUUCGCUUCACACAGAAAGUUAAAAAGCAAUGCGCUGAGAAGAGGUUUAUAUUCCCUAACGUUUCCGCUGAUCAUCCCCUCGAAAAAAUGGGCACACUGCUGACUGCUACCCUGAUGAAGCACACAAACUGUCAAGUUCACAUGAACGACACACUGUCUGAAGUGUGUAAGAUGGUACAACAAGCUAAGAAGACCCUCAUGCAUAACAGACAGGAACUCAUGCUAACGUACGACGAGGUGUGUGCGCCAGUGAUCGAGCGCUGCAAGUUCCUUCUCUGGGAGAUAAGACCGGUGCUAGGACGGCAGGAGUGUGCAGACAGCGUGCUGAUCAACAAGACACGCUUCAAGAGCGCAGUGGAAAGUGUCAUCGCUAACUUGAAGAGUGGCAAACCAGGCAGUUCUAAAGCUAGCACGACCCCAACAACGUCCCACCCUGGUAGUCCCACUCCCUGCACCAGCACUGGUUCCAAUCUCUCUACUCCCGUUAAAGGGGCUCUCAGAUCGGCUCAAUCUGUUAGGUGGUUAAGAGAUAGAAUGGGCAGCAUGUCAACUGAAAUGCAGAUAAUAAUGCGCAUCAUGGACUUUGUGCUGUCAGAUAAUAAGAUAGAUAUCGCCAAGCUAAGAUAUGCACUACAGCGUCAGGUCCUUCGAGCUCAGAAAAGGCUCGAGGGGGCGGAGUUUUUCAUGUCAUUGAUAUCGGAAGCAAACAUGACGAAAUCAGUACAGUACUUUAUCUUGAAGGGCUGGAUGGGGCUUGUUGGAGAAUACCCAAGUCCCCUGUUGAACUACAUGGACAACAUUAACCUGAUUCCAGCCAACGAGAGACUGCUGCUGGACCUCAGCUUUCAAAAGAUUGAUCAUUGGACCUUGUGUAAAUUGCGGGAAUCCUUAUUAGCCCUCGAGGACUUGAUCGAGAAUUCUCCCAGUGGAGGGAACACCUCCAACUCUUGCAAACCGCCCGAGGGUGACAGAGACGAAAUAAUAAGCUCCAAUGUGCACAGCAAGUUCUUCUUGAUGUGUCUGACCAUGUUAUCUUGUAGUCAGAGCCCGUCCUCCGUUUCCAUGCUUCUGAACAAUGGAAUACUGGGCCUGUCGGAGACAGUUUCUAGACUGCUGGGCCAGUACAAGAUGAAGAGCAGUAACAAAGUCGUGCUGUCUCUAGUUGAAGAGGUGAAACCUCCACCCAGACCCUCACCUCCACCUCCCAUGUCAGGGGGUGAAGUGGCUAAGUUGUUGAAGCCUGGAGUGCGGGUAGUGAGAGGACCCGACUGGAAGUGGGGAGAACAGGACGGCCAGCCCCCAGGGGAGGGUUGUGUUAUCAGCGAGGUUGCAACUGACGGUUGGGUCAGAGUUCACUGGGACUCUGGACAGACUAACAGCUAUCGGAUGGGAAAAGAGAACAGGUACGACUUGAAACUUGCCGAUGUUCCGAACCUCGACAAAACCCACUCCUAUCUGGAAGUUGCCGAGGAGGAAAUCGAAACCUGGGAAUCCUGGAUAGCUGAUAUGAAGUCCUUGAACGUAGUCGGAGUGGGAGGAAUGGCUGGACAUUAUCUUAGUCGUAUCAUGAUGGUGUCAGGAUGUAUCCACAGCAUCGGACUAAACUCUGUGUGUUCACUCCUCCACCACAAACUCAAAGCUUGGUCACGUGAUCCUACUCAACAUCCAGGAUUUGCUUCGCUCAACUUCGUCAGAGGUAUAGCUGUAACUCCGAGAGUAUGCCUCGUUCUGUCAGAGUCACGGUGGAUGGACUUGCUCCUUUCUAUUAUAGGAAAUCAGGGAGCUCAGGGUAAUGGAACCUGGACGGGAGCAGAAGUGUUCCACAAGAUUAUGGUCCUGAGACUUCUGGGAGUGGUGUUGCCAGCCUGGGGUAAAGGGUUCGACAUGAGCAAGAUCCCUAAACUCAUCGACAAGCUCUUCUCGAUCUUGGGUCACGUCCUUGUUUCUCAGACUUGGCUUCCAAAGGUUGGACACAGGAGGAAGAGAGCGAGACAGGGGCGAUCCACGAACGAGGGCAUCGCCUCCCUCACAGCACCUCCCGUCAGCACUGUGGCUGAGGAGGUUGUCAUGCUCCUCCGCAAACUGCACUCUCUCCCGGACUGGAACUCUAGUAUUAACGGGUUCAUAUCAAACUGGCUAAAGACGAUAACGAACAUAAUCCCCCUGGCGGAGGAUGGCGAAGGGGUCAUCGGGAACCCUAGCAUAAUGGGGCCGCUAAUUGCAGUCCUUAGCAUGAUAGGUGGUGUGGACAAAAGGCCGAGGCUCGGGUCGCUGGUUGAUAAUCCUAAGUGGGGUACCGCCACCAUCUGCCGGAUAGAACCGUCUGGGAAGAUAUCACUCCAACUACAAGACCACAGUAAAAAGGCGUGUCUACUAAGUGAAGUGCAGCUGGUAUCGGAGAAUGCGCUACACGUUGACAAGCUGCCUAUGAAAGCCAGGGACAUGGGAGUGUGGGCUUCUAUCAUACUCCUUGCUAGUGGGUCUAGGAGACUAGAUCCAGCGGACACUCCCGUCGUGGACCACCUGACUCCGAAUACGGGUCACAUCAGAACAGCGAGCAUGUCUGCUCUCUCCCCCACCAACAAGAAGGGACACACCAGGACACUCAGUGCUGGAGACAAGCCCUACUGCGAGGGUAGCAUUAUUGAGGAAAAAGAGGAAUCAGAACCAGAACAACGCGCGGGGGAAAAGAGGAAGGCAGAAGAUGAGCCAGUCGAAAAAGCAAAGCCUCCUCCACCCAAAAUAGAGCCUGGUCUUCUCUGGAGACAACUGUUGCUCUUUGGAGUCCUGAAGGCGGCCCGGGUCCUCUUCCAGAGUCAGAGCAGGCUGAGAGCGAUUAUGGUAAACGCUCCCGCAGACAACUCACUCUUACCAAAAGGUUUCGAAGCGAGCGCCACAGAACUGCUGAACAAACCCGGCUCCUCUCAACUUCUUAGACAGCUCAUGGUAUCAGCGACGAGACCAAGCCCAGUAAAGGCUAUCUUCUCACAAGAGGAGCUAGAGGUGGCUGCUUUGUCACUCUCCCAACUUCUCAUGACAGAACUACUCCAUCCUGAUACGAUAUCAGAACCCAGCAGCAAGGCUAAAAAAGUGAAGUCGCGACCAGCGGCAGCCACAGUACAACGACCAAAGCCGAUCACCCCUGUAAUCCGACAGAUCCUGGACAUGGGCUUCACCCAACACCAUAUCGAGCAUGCGAUCACUUCACUGGGAGUAGUGGAGCCCCGUAUCGAGCAAGUUGUGGCCUGGUUACUGGAGAACCCUCCUCCCCCUCAGCCUGCUGUUGUAGCUCCCUUCACUCCCAUCACUGACAGCUCUGAUGAAGACGAUUUCUCGGACGGAGAGGAAUAUUUAGACGAUGAAUCCUACUAUAAACUGCCAGCUAACUUCCCAACUUUGGACGCUUACGCUGAAUAUGUCAAGAAGAACAUCCGCAUCGGCAUGCAGGUGAAGUGUAUUUCAACAUACGAGGACGUGAUGGUCGGGGACACCGGUCCUGUCAUGAAGAUUGAGAACGAAGGACUUCACGAUCUUAAUGUUAGGGUUAACUGGACAAGGAAAGCUGGUAACUACUGGGUUAAGUACGUGAAUAUUCAGCUUCUUGGACAGACCGGUUUUCAAGACGACCAACCUAUCAAGAAAGGAGACAGAGUACGAGUGAAAGCGAGUGUGACCACGCCCAAGUACAAGUGGGGCAGUGUCUCCCACCAAAGUAUCGGGAUAGUGUCGGAAGUCAUCGCCAGCAAACAGGACGUGUAUGUCGACUUUCCGGAACAGAAAAAGUGGACUGGACACAUCUCCGAAAUGGAAAAGAUCCCGGUAUCGCACGUGGGCACUUUCUGCACUCAGUGUAACCAGUGUCCAAUUCAAGGUCCUCUCUUCUCCUGCACCCUGUGUAGAGGAGUUGACAUGUGCCUCACCUGCUUUAAGAGCGUCAGAAACCAUUCCCACCCUUUCAACAGGAUCAACGAACCUGGAGACAUCCCCAUGCCAGCUGGAAAGCCAGGUCGGAGUAAGCGACGCCGACACAGCCUGAUAUACGAGUGGAGGAAGUGUGUAAAGAGCCUGAGUGUGAGUUCCAGGGAGGGUCAGGCUAACUACCUGUGUGAUGGUAGUGAUCAGUACUGGACUGGGAGUGGGGUCAAACACUGGAUAAGACUGGAGAUGCAUCAGAACGUGCUCGUUACCAAGCUUACCAUGACGAUGUUAACGGAAGCCUCAGAGCAGAUCUACCACCCCAUGUCAGUCACAGUCCUGGGAGGGGACACUAUCUGGACUCUGAAGGAGCUGAACACUGUGGAGAUGAACCCUGGAGAGUAUGUUACCACCCUGCUCAGGAACUGUUCCGAGGAGCACCGGUAUAUUGAGCUAGUUAUCAGAGGCAAACGACCUGGUAUCGAUAUAAAAGUGAAGAACAUUGGAGUUGUGUGCCGGCCAAGGACUGUACAGGAUGACAUUGCUAAAGGUUUGUCCUACUUGCUGGCGGAGAGCGCGGUUUCUCCAACUGCAGAAACAGGAGAAGGAACUAGUGCGUCUCAGGAGGACAGCGGUAUUAAUGUUUACCUAUGGGGUCUGAACGAUAAAGAACAGUUGGGAGGUUUAAGGGGCAGCAAAGUGAAGACACCGUCUCUGUCACCAGUGUUUACUGAACUUGGGGUCACCCACGUUGCUGGCGGAAGUAAGAGUCUCUUCGCUUGCACCAGUGACGGCAAGGUGUACGCGUGUGGGGAGGGCAGUAAAGGAAGACUGGGUCUGGGACACAGCAACAACGUGUCAGUACCUCAGCUAAUAAAGGGGCUCAGUCAGUAUGUUAUCAAGAAGGUGGCCAUACAUUCUGUUGGAAAACACUGCCUUGCUAUUAACACAGCCGGUCGAGUAUUCUCAUGGGGUGAUGGAGACGAUGGCAAGUUAGGGCACGGAAACUGCACCAUGUUGGAGGAACCUAAGAUGAUCGAUUGUCUGAAGUCUAAGCGUGUGGUUGACAUAGCUUGCGGAGAUGGACACAGUGCGGUUAUCACCUCCUCUGGAGAGCUCUAUUCCUGGGGUCUGGGGACCUAUGGUAGAUUGGGACACGGGGAUACUAAAACUUAUCACAAACCUAAACUGGUAUCCGCGUUCAGGGGUUACAAAGUGGUGACGGUAGCAUGUGGCAGCAAGGACGCACAAACACUAGCAGUGACUGACAACGACCAGGUGUGGUCCUGGGGGGACGGAGACUUUGGGAAGUUGGGACGAGGGGGUCACGAAGGGUGCCACGUUCCUAAAGUCAUUGAUAGUCUCAACGGGACUCAGAUUGUACAGAUCCACUGCGGAGCUCAGUUCUCUGUGGCACUCAGUCGGGAAGGUAGAGUCUACACUUGGGGCAAGGGUGAGUUCUACAGACUGGGGCACGGUACAGACACACACGUCCGGAUUCCGCAAGAGGUGGAGGCUCUUGUUGGCACUAAAAUCGUCAAGAUCGGUGUGGGAUCCUUGCACUGCUUAGCUCUUUCUAGUUCUGGAGAGAUCUACGCAUGGGGAGACAACGACCACGGUCAGCAAGGAAACGGCGGCACAACAGUAAACAAGACCCCCCAACCAGUGGUGGGUCUGGACUCUCAGAAGAUAACCCACCUGUCCUGUGGGAGCUCCCAUUGUGUGGCCUGGGCUGAGACCGGGGUCAUUCUCCAGCCUCAACACACUCCUAUUAAGUUCAGUGUCGCUACUGAUCCUCUCGGCAGCUCUAUGAUCAAGAACAAAAAAGAUGCAAGUAAAUGUUCCAUCACCACCUCUCCCGGAUCAUUGCAGAUAACUCGAGCUUUGCCUUCACUGGCUAAAGUCAUGCUGGGGCUUGAGUGUGGCGACCAGAAACAGGGUGCUCUGUCCUUUAUCAUCAAAGCUAUGGAGGUGAUGUUUGCAAGGGACGGUGUUAUAACAGCAUUAGAUACGCACGUUAAAGGGAUUAAAGCUCCUGUAGAGACUGAUAGAGUCCUACCACUCCAGCACUCACUCGAUCUGUUCGAGCUGAUGGGCGCUGGGGACGCCUGCUUCCUUGUCGAGCUGCUCAAACUUGCGGUAGUGGGGAGGGCAGGUGAGCAUGGCAAGCAAGCACUGUCAAGGGUCCUUAAAUCCCUUGGUCAAGCUAAUCCUGAAAUUGCAGAAAUCCUCUUAGAGUUUUGUAUCACAGAAUUGGAAGACGUUGUAGCCGAGGUAGACAACCAGCGAUCCGCAGAGCCGGUCUGCCGUGAGUCUCCUCACCCUCACUCUCUCAACGCCUGCCUCAUGGGUCAGAUAAAGUUCCCUAAGGCUGUGGGGAUCAGGAUUGAGUUUGAUCCACGGUGUAGCACAGAGAAACCUCAGCACUGUCUGACAUUCGCUGACACAAAGGGUCGCAUAAUCGCAACGCGGAGCGGAAGAGACAAGUCCGAGUGGGCAAAAGACAUCCACAUAAACACUACGGAAAUAAACUGGAAGUUCUCCAGCGACAGCUCGCCUGCUGGAUGGGGAUUUAAGUUCAAAGCUUUCCCUAUCCUCCCUCCACCAGUAUCAGCGGAUGCUAUGCCCGACAGAUUGGUUCAAGCUAAACCAAGCAUCGAAAUGGUAAUGUGUCUACUUGACGAGGACCUAGAGAAGAGUGGUGUGGCCAGUAUGAUCCAGAGACUAACCUCAGCUCUCGCUUCGUGUGCCCAACUUAGUCAACUGUCAGCUGAUAAACGAACUUGGGCCUUACAGCAUCUACGGGGUGUGCUACAACUGGACAACUGCCCAUCACUGGACGUACAAGAACUUCUACAAAACCAGAUUAACAGCUCCGAGGGAAUCAACAAUUCUUUAGGUGUGCUGGUAAAAGGGCUGCUGGAAGUCCUACAGAAACAGCACGACCACGAGGCACCUUUGGUACUGGGAGGCAAGCAGCUGAUGCACACAGAGUUCUUCAAGACCCUGGUGGCCUUCUGCUGCGACUUGGGGCUGGACAGAUGUAUCACUCAGCGGUCUUCAGACAUCCAGAAGUGGAGCUGGUUUAUCAAAUAUUGUUCAGCAGCCCGUGUAGCAAAUGCUCUGGACAAACGAACUGUUUUCCCGUCCCCCUUCCUGACUGAAGUGCAUGACAGAGUGCUAACUGUAUGUGGUCCUGGUGUCAGUGACCAGUCCUAUGCUAACAACUCCCUUUUCUCACAAGAGAUGGACAUCCAGCUGCUAGCCUGUCAGAGUGCCUCUCCCACCCAGUGGAGUCUGACACCCUCUGGUAGUGGAGCUCUCUACCUUUGGGGUCACAAUCAUCGCGGCCAGCUCGGCGGAAUAGAGGGACAAAAGGUGACAAAACCAACCUUUUGCGAGAGUAUAGCAGCCUUGCAGCCUACUGAAGUGGCUGCCGGAGAACAAACCAUAUUCAUCAUUUCUGACGGAAAGGUCUACUCAGCAGGUAACGGAACGUACGGACGACUGGGUAUAGGGAGCAAUGACUCCGUUUCCAUGCCGACCCUGCUCAAGUCCAUCCAACACAUUACUAUCACUAAGAUAGCAGUCCACUCAACCGGAAAACACUGUCUGGCUCUGUCUCAAGACGGCGAGGUUUUCAGCUGGGGUGAAGGGGACGACGGGAAACUUGGACACGGUUCACGCAACAACCAGGACCGACCACGAGUCAUCGAGGCUCUCAGGGGAAAACAGGUAAUAGAAGUGUCAGCUGGCGGUGCCCACAGUGCAGCAAUAACGACACUUGGUCGCUUGUACACGUGGGGCAAGGGUCGCUACGGCAGACUAGGUCACGGAGAUUACGACGAUCAGCUGAAACCCAAGAUGGUGGAAGCACUCAAGACUUACAAAGUCACGCAGGUUGCAUGUGGAAGUGGGGACGCUCAGACCCUCUGUAUCUCAGAGGGUGACGUUGUGUGGUCCUGGGGGGACGGGGACUACGGCAAGUUGGGUCGUGGCGGCAGUGACGGCUGCAAGGUACCCAGAAAGAUAGAUCCACUGCUCAAGUGUCAAAUAGUAAAGAUUGUGUGCGGAAGUCAGUUCUCUAUGGCUCUGGGCAGGAACGGUGAUCUUUACACCUGGGGAAAAGGAGACUAUCACAGACUAGGGCACAGUAGUGAGGAUCACGUGAGAUGGCCACAACGUGUGGUUGGUCUAAACGGUCAGAAAGUGGUUGAGAUCAGUUGCGGCAGUUUGUUCUGUGUGUGCGUUACCGAUGACCAUCAGGUGUACGCAUGGGGUGAUAAUGACGAAGGUCAGUGUGGUAACGGAAAAACAAACGCUGUUCCCACACCCCAGCUAAUAGACUCAUUGCAGGGUAAACGUAUCAACAGAAUAGCCUGCGGAAGUGCCCACGCUAUAGCUUGGAGCACGUUAGAACAAAGUGCUUCCACCAAACAACCGGACAACAUCCCCCCAGAAUACCCUCUCUUACUGGAUACUCCUAUCGAGAACCUCAGAAACAGACUUAUCCUCCUCCAUUCCUUCUCUGAGAUAUUCUCAUGUGCGCUGAGGAUGUUCAGUUUAGAGGCCACCUCACAAGGUCACAAGGUCACGUGCUCUCUCCGACACACCCUGGUUAUGUCCCACAAGGAAACGGCCUUCAAGAAAGUUGUCCAGGCUACCAUGAUACGAGACCGCCAGCAUGGACCCAUACUGGAGCUCAACAGAAUGUUCAGCAGCCAGGCUCGUGGUACUAAAGAUUGGAGCAGGACUAUAUUCGCUCAAGCGUGUUCCAUGCUGAUCAACGUGUCUUCUGAAUCGUUCCUGCUGCCACACCGAGCUUGGAAGGUGCGGUUUGUGGGGGAGAGCGUAGACGAUGUUGGGGGCGGAUACUCUGAGUCUAUAGCGGAGAUGUGCGAGGAGCUGCAGUCGGGGGUUCUACCCCUCUUUAUAUUGACCCCCAACGGCAGGGUCGACAAUGGGGUUAACAGGGAUUGUUACUUGUUUAAUCCUGCUGCUACUAGCCCUGAGGAGACAAACAUGUUCAGAUUCCUAGGAAUAUUGAUGGGAAUAUCAGUAAGAACUGGGUCUCCUCUAGCUCUGGACAUUGCGCCCCCUAUGUGGAAGCUACUAGUUGGGCUCCCUCUCUCAAUUGAUGAUAUGAUUGAAAUAGACAAGGACUAUAUGGCUGGCAUAAAUUUCUUCCGAGAUCUACCGAACAAAGAAGAGGAGUUUGACGCAAUAGACAUGCCAUUUAGCACACCAGGGGCAGCGGGACAGGAGGUCCCACUCAGCUCCACCUACCACCGUAUUAACCUGACUAACAGGGAUCAGUAUGUGCAAAGCGCUCUUGAUUACCGGCUGCAUGAGUUCGACUUCCAGGUGCAAGCAGUGGUGGAAGGUUUAGCUAAAGUCAUACCGGUCCCCCUGUUAUCACUGUUUACUGGGGAGGAGCUGAGAACUAUGGUAUGUGGGCAUCCUGACAUACCACUAGACAUGCUGAAGUCUGUUGCUGUUUACAAAGGCGUGGAAUACAAUUCACCGCUCGUCCAGUGGUUCUGGGAGAUUCUGGAAAUAUUCUCACCCAGCGAGAGAUCACUCUUCUUGCGUUUCGUUUGGGGUAGAACUCGAUUACCUCGGAACAUAGCUGACUUCAGGGGUCGUGAUUUCGUUCUGCAGGUUCUGGACAAAUACCAACCACCUGAUCACUACAUGCCGGAGAGUUACACUUGCUUCUUCCUCCUGAAGAUGCCUCGCUACUCUUCAAAAGAGAUUCUAACAGAAAAGCUCCGAUACGCCAUCAACUUCUGCAAAUCAAUAGACACAGAUGACUACGCCCGUAUCACACGUGACGAGGGUAUAGGCGAUGGGGAGGACAGUGAUAUCGAACUGGGAUCUCAGUAAAUGAUAAUUGUAUAUUUUGUAUUAUGUUAAGACGAAGUGCAGUAUUAUGCAGCAUGUGUAAGUAAGUAUUUGAGUAUUUUCAAGGUGACACUCACAGUCUCGUACACUUGCGGGUACUGUAUUACAUGUAAUAUCCAAGUUUUCGCUUUUUUCUAAUUCAAAUUAUCUUUCCACGAAUUUAUUACUUGUUUGAUUGAAACUGAGUUACGUUUUAACUUUCAAUUCAAUCCUUUCAAUUUGUUGAUUCUCAUCUUCUGUAAAUUAAGUUUCUACACAUUCGAACUCGAAAUAAUAUUUAAAACAUGUGAUAAAUGUUCUAUAUAAUAAUCGGACUUAUUUGUUCAUACCGCCUUGUACUUUGUUAUAAUAUCGAUAAUCGUAUUACGUCUCCGAUUUAUCAAAUUCUAUAGAAAUAGAAUUUAUUCACAUCUGCUGUUGAACGAAUUUUAUAAAA